GUGGCGGGGACGCACCCGCGGGGCUCGGCCUGAGGACGGACGGCUCUGCCCCAGCUGCCCCAUGGCCGUGCCCGUAUUCUGCAACUCCUGCCUCUGCGAACCCCGCAACCCCACGCCGCCGUUCAGCCUCACCAGCUGCGGCCACGUUUUCUGUGAGAUUUGCCUGAAGAAAGGCAAAAAGGAUGAAUGUUUGAUCUGUAGAACUGCUUGUCGUACAUUAGUCCUUUCAAAACAGACAAAUCCUGAUAUUCAAUCACUGUUCAUGGGAGUAGAUGUGUUAUGCAAGAAAUAUUCAAAAGAAAUAUCACAGGUUUCAGAAUUUCAAGAAAAACAUCGUAAGCAUUUAUUAGCAUACCACAAACAAAAGAUAGCAAAGCUGGAAGAGUCUCUCAAGAAAGUAACACAACAAGUGCAACAGAUACAAUGUAUGAAACCUCCUGAAAAAACUACACCACUUCCAUUUUCCAGUACAAGCAGAAAUCCAUUUUCCAUUCCUUCAAGAAAACAGAAUGUUUAUUCUUCAUAUUCUCUUCAUUCUAGUCGUCCUUCCACUUCUGAAACGAUGGAGGCAAUGGAGAUUGAUCCUGUACCUUCACCAGUGAGGAAACUUGAGACACCAACUGGUCCAACAAGAUUAUCAGUAAUAACUCCACCACAGGAUGGACGUAUGGGUAGUGUAUCCUACAGAAGUUCUCAGACAUCUCUAAUAAUGCCAAGUCAAAAUAUUGGAGCAGCGUCUACAAGAUCCACCCCUGUAAGAUUGCCACACAGUGUAUGUCCAUCAUCAUCUGGAUCCCAAAGCAGUCGAAGGGGGUCAUGGGCUAGUUCUGAUUUCAGAACCCCUCAGCUGUAUCCAUUUACAUCACCUUCCCCACAGCUGCCUCUAUCAAGGCAGCCAAUCACCAUCUCUGGACUUCUGCAAAGACAACAGCCAGGACCAACUAAUUUUGGAGGACAUUCAGCAGAGAGAUGAGCAAACAUCUGUGAAUUGUUUUGGUUAAGGAACAUCUGGAGAACCACUGCAUAGUCUUUGGAUAUCAAAGUAUUUGUAGCUUCUGUAACGUGACAAAUUGGCAUAAAACAGCUAGUUGUUCGGCAUGAAUACUGUAUUUAAAACAUCAUCUUUGUUAUUAACAUCUACAGUAGUUUUAAAUGGGAGUACAAAAUCUUUUUGUUUUUUGAAAUUCUGGCUUCAAAUAUAUUGUAUAAAUAAAAGUCCUUUAUUACCUAAGCGUUAAGGCAAAACAUGAUUGAUUAUAUGUUGAAUGAGCUUUUUUAGCUGUGAGUGCAUUGAGCUGCAGGAGAACUCUGUAAAUAAUUGUGCCUGUACAGUAUUAGAGAUGGACUGCAGUCCUAAAAAAAAAGAAAUUAAUUUAUGGAUUUUUGAUUACAGAAUUCCAAAGUUUGGUUCUUACUCAAAACAUCUCUCCUUGUUUGCACUCUUCAAAAGGGGUAAGUUUGGAGGGAUAUUAUUUUCUAGGAGGCUCUGCCAAGCUCAUAACACAGCAUCUGUUCCACACUUGUGAAAGUUCACCAUUUGAUUUAGGUAGCAACAAUUUCUCCCUAAAAUGGAAUGAAAUGGGGGAACUGGGAUGAAGAGACAAAACACAGAGAAGAGUACUUUUACUUUUGCCCAGGAGUAGCAACUGGAGACUCUGAAUGAAGCGUGCCAGAAUGCAGCCUUUUCUUUCUCAGAAUCUCUUGAACUCACAUGCCCACCAUCACUGUGUAUGUGGCAAAAUUUUGGUAUGACUGAGUCAUCAAAUGCCUUUGUUUUGUUUUACCUGAACUAUUUUUAAGCAUAAUAAAACUAAAAGCUGCUGGGCUUUUUUUUGAGAUAAAGUUCCCUGAAUUUCUUUUGAGUUGAAAUGUUUUACUUUUCACGUC